ACACCACCCGAUUCGGCUCAGAGAGAGCGGAAGAUGUCCAUUACCUACGGAUGUCGCUCGCUCUACCUUGGCAAUGGAUGAAGUUGAUAGCAGCCUAAUCGAUAGCCAUACCAGCACAAUGGCCGUGCAUCAAUUCAGUGAGUCUCCACUGGCUCGCACUCGGCAAGCCAGGUUCACCAACCACUUUUUGGAUCGCCUAGAGCUGGAUCUGGCACAAAAAAACAUCAGUGUUUUACUAUUGAAACACCCCUAGCCCGUGAUUUUAGAGGGGGUGAAGAGGAGUGAUGGUCUCAUUCCAUCGUCGAUCGCGAAAAGGGAAAACGCGGCGUGCGGCGAUCGACGCAGACCAAAGAAGCAGUUCGAGGACGCGCAGUCCUCGUGGAGCGAGUCCGUGCGAGCAGCAGCAAGCGGCGCGUGCGUGUGCUCACUCUCGUUGCACAGCUAGCGAUCCCCAGCGCUGGAGCGCGAAGAAUCUGUCUUAUUAAGCAGGUUUACCCUCAACGUUAAUCCAAGAGUGGCGCCAUGGCGUGGACCUGUACGGCGUGCGAGUUCGCAGCCAAUGAGGACGGCCAGGAGGCGUGUGUGGCCUGUGGCUCGGAACGACCCGAAGAAGAGGAGCAGCAGCAGGAGACGGACGCUGAGUCGACGCAAGCAACGAAGGAGAACGGCGACUCUGGCCCCGAGGUCGUAGUCAUUGAGCUGCCGGCCAAGGAGAAGCUUGGCGUGAAGCUUAUGCCGCCUAAGGACGGCGUGAUUGACCACGGUCUGGCCAUUGAUAACAUUAACAACCCAUUGCUAGAGAACAAGGUGCAGGCCGGAGAUCUCAUUGUCGCUAUUGGAGGACAGAAUGUGGACGGCAUGGGUUUCUCCGAUGCUAUUGAUCUGAUCCGAAAGAUGCCACGGCCUCUUGCUAUUUCUUUUGAGAUCGACGAGGUUCGACGUCAAGAAGUUGUGCGCGAGAAGUUCCAGCAGAACAAGGAUAAUGAUCUGGACAAGGAGCUUACCACGUACGCUGUGGUGUUCGACAAUGGACCCAUGGGAUUGAACCUGGAAGAAGCAGUGCGAUACGGUAUUGACGGUGCCGUUGUGCGUGCACUGAAGGGCCAAGCCAAGACGAGCGGUAUGAUUUCAAUCGGUGAUAUCGUGUACAAGGUGAACGAGACGGACGUGCUAUGUAUGCCGUACCUUGAGGUCAUGAACGUUCUUCGUAACGCGACAGCCCCCAAAACACUGCAGUUUGUGCCCAAGGACAAGCUCGCUGAUGUCCAGCGUGUUAACUCGCGGCAUUCGGAGUCGUUCCGACUACGUGAGUCGACGUCGCAUGUGAAGCAGAAGUUGAUGAACAACCCGCGUAUUGUGAAGGAUGAUGGCAAUGAAGGCGACGAUAACCAGUCGAUCGCGCAAUUGAUUCUGGAUAACCAGGCAGCGACUAUCAAGAAGGGACGCAUGUACAAGCAGGGUCGUGUGAUGCGCAAUUGGAAGUCUCGAUACUUCGUGCUGAGUGUGUCGAAAGUGGAGUACUUUAAGAGCCCAAGCUCGACAACAUCGCGCGGUGAAAUGAGCUUUCUGAACCAUCGUUGUACUGUGCGUUCGCUGCCCGGAACAGGCGACGUGGUGUGCCGGUCUCCAAACGUGACGGCAGAGUAUUUGCUGGAACUUCGCGUUGAUGAUCGUCGAAUGGUAAUGGCCUGUACGUCUGAAUCGGACAAGAAGGGCUGGAUGGAUGCUGUUAAGCUGGCUAUCGAUGCCUCCAAGACUGUUAACCGCACACAAAGCCUUGGCGAGUCGCUACGGGAAGCCAAGGCGUUACGGACACAGCGUACGGAGAGUCUUUCGAUGGAUGGAACCUUCUUGGACCGAAACGCUGGUGGACGUCUGUCGCAGUUCAACUAUGAGGCAUUCUCAACGCCAGUUAUUCACGUUGGUGUUCUGUCAGCGACUAAUUUGACCAAGUCGGGCAGCUCAGUGAACGCGAUAUGUGAAGUUACGGUCGGCGCUGAGACCUUCAAGACUUCUGUAGUCAAGAACCAGCGAUCUCCUGUGUGGAAGCAGGAUAACUCGGCUUCGUUCGAGGCUCCCAGUGAUGACAUGGUGGUGGAGAUCCGUAUCUUCGACGAGCACUUGUUCCGCGCGACAGAGCUGAUUGCGACACUUACGAUUCCUUUGAAGUCGUUGCCCAACAUGCAGAAGACGACGAAGAAGUACCCUCUGGCUCUCGGUAGCAGAUCUGCAGGAGCCGUGUUGACUUUGUCACUGGAAUACGUGAACAAGCAGAAGGCGUACGAAGAAGACCAGGAGCGUGGACGUCUUGGCGACGACUUGAACAGCAACGGCAUGAUGAACGAGCGCGAUGAAAUGGUCAAGAUUAAGGCCGAAGCUCAGAUGGCUGCCGAUGAAGCCACGCACCACGCUGCUCGUGCCCAGGAAGAAGCGCACAUGUUGCUUGAGCAAUCACGGCAGAAGGCUGAAGCAGCUAUGGCUGCAGCUCGUGAAGAGCAGCGAGAGGGUAAGGCGGCUGUGGAGAAGGCUAUGGCGGAAGCAGCUCGAGCAAAGGAGGAAGCAGAAAAACAACUUGCCGAAGCGAAGCGUGCACAGGAAGAAGCCCAGAAGCUGAUUGAGGCUAACCGUCGUAUUCAGGAGUCCGAUGUCCAAGGACCGUCGAUUUACGCUGUGUACCGCAAGAUGAUUCAGGACGGACACUCGAACGAUGACGUGAAGAAGAAAAUGCAAGAAGAUGGCAUCGAUGAGAUGGGCAUUGAGGCGUUCUUUGACGGUAUCAACUCGUACGACGAGAAGAUUCGUGCCCUGCAGGCAGAAGUGGAGAAGCUGAAGCGUAGUCGUUCCGUGCGACAGAAAGAUGAGCCGAGGGCGCAGGACAUGCUGGCCAACCUGGAUAUCUCUAGCGACCAAGUUAAACUGCUGCGUCGUCUGUUGAAACUAGAAAAGCAGUUGCAGCAGGCUGGUAUUGCUGUUGCCGCAGAUAUUCCUUAUGAAGAGGCCAUGGCGAAGGUGCAAGAAAUCUCCAAGCGUAUGCAGGAAAUCGGUUCGGCAGAUGUGACCCACCCGGACCCUGCGAUUCAGAAGCAGCUUCGUGAAGAGUACUACCGUCUUGAACAGGAUAUGGAGAAGUACAACACUGCUCUUAUGCUGACUGACGAGUACGCUGCUGAAGAAGCAAGGAAGGAACGCGAGUGGGAGGAGGAGAAUUAUGAUGAAAAUGUGAAGGCGCUGAAGGCGAUUCGGCGGAUGAUGCCGGUUGACGUGAAGAAAAUGUCCGAAGCGGAUCUCCAGACUGUCAAGUCACCGACGGGCAAGACACUUCCUCGUGAUGUUGCUCGUAAGUUCAAGCGAACGAACGUGCUGGAACUGAUUCGUAUGGACCCAGCAGAUAUUGCCAAGAAUCACCCGUCGCUGCUGGAAAAUCUGCGUGUUACAGGUCUCACAGUGACGGAGCGUCGUGCGUUGCACAUGCACUUGCGCGACGUGGCGGAGACGUGGAAAGCCCAACAGGGUGAAGAAAUGACAAAGAAGAAGUUCGAGUGGUUUAAGACGCUCAAGGAGACAUUCAAGACCGUUGUGAACUCUUACAACAAGCACGUGAAGCAGUACGGACCGGCAGAUAACCACCCCUACGCCACACGCGACGACCCGGACAUCGGUUGUCCUAUGAUUGGCAAGCAAUGUCCCAUCAAAGCUAACCGAGCUCCUGCGUACGAUCAGGAUCUGGGAUACCCCGAUGGAGAUGUUUACAUGGAGUCUACGGUCCAGAAGGGUAACCCCGAUGAUGCUGGUGCACGAGCUCUGGCCGAAGCGCAGGAAUUGGCCCGAGCGAAGCUCGCUAACUCUCGUGCUGACGCCUUGAAGAAGCACUACCGCAACGUUCGUCUUGUUGCUGAGGCCAACGGUGCAUGCGAAUUGAUCGACACAUCGCUGGAUCAAAUCGAGAACCGGCAGUUGCUCUGGUUCCAAGCAAGACUCAAGCGCCGGCUGGAACGUACGGAGACGGCUGCAACAAUCAAGGUGGAGCUGGCAGAAUUUGGCGAGCUGGUGAACGAAAUUCGUCUGGCAAGCUUGAAGUUCGCCGAGCGUUCGGGUAUGAAUCUGUCCGGUAAGCGGGACGCUUCACGAGAUGCGAAGGAUACGCGUUCAUCUAUCGAGUGUAACCUGGUUCUGCUGUACUGCGAUGCGGUGGCUGACUGCUUUGACGGCAUGGAGGAACGUAUGGACGAGGUAAAGGCAAGUGAUAAGCGGCUGCGUUCAGCUAUCCCCGUGAUUCGCGGCCUUCUGAAGGAUCUGGGCGAAAAGAGUCGUAUCACACUGGACUCGCUGAAGGACAAGGGCCCACCUGUUAACCGUCGCGUGAAGACGAGAACUGAGAUCAUGAAGGAAGCCAAGGAGAAGAACAAAAGUGCUGCUGCGCCUGCAGAAAGUGAAGCGGCCGAGGAAGCAGGUCCUGGUCCUGGUGGUCGGGCACCGCAUCCAAUGAUGGCUGCCAGAGGUAGGGGACGUAGUGGUCGUGGUGGUGGACGCAAUGACCUGUUUGCAGCGAUUCAGGGACGUGGAGGUCGCGGGGGCGACGAUGAUGGUCCUCCAGGACCCCCUACUGACUUCCUGGCAUCAAUUCGCGGUCGUGGUCGCGGCAAGCCGGGAGGUCCUGGACGUGGCGAUCUGUUUUCUGCGAUCAAGGCACGUGGUGGUGGUGGCGAUGAUGGUGGGCGUGGUGGCCGAGGUGGCGACUUGAUGUCAGCAAUUCGAGGCCGUGGCCGUGGAGGAGGAGGAGGAGGUCCUGGACGUGGCGACCUGAUGGCUGCUAUUGCUGCACGGAAGAAGGAGUAGAUAACUAGCCCCUUGUGAUAGAAAGGAAAGCGAAGUAAAAGUGAAAAACUGAUUGCAGCGUGGUUGGAUUCCACACAGAUUCGCGUUGGUGCCUGUAGCUAGUAAGGAGAGGAGAGGAGUAAAAACAAGAGAAAAUAAAAAGAGAAAGAUGAAAAGCAGUGCUUACAAGCGCUUGCUAGUUAGUCAUUGCGGAACUUUGGUUCCGCC